GUUAAAUCAGAGCUUGUCAUGCAGCAAGGAUGAUGUGUUCGAGUCCCAAACUCGUAUUAAUUUAUACUUGAGUUGAAUUAGCUACACGGCAUAUAAAUUGUGAGCUUACUCUCAUCUCCUUAUAAAACGGCCCUACUACACUUCUUUACUUCCUUCAUCUAGCUGCAUCACUAUCAGCUUCAAUAAUUCUUUCUCCAGCAGAAGAAGCUAGUAGAACCAUCUAGCCCGGCCAGGCCUCCUCUUUCAGGCCCGACCUUAUUUCUUCCGCUUAUUUAUAUUUUUCGAGAUCCACUCUGCUAGCCAGCUUCAUCGACAUGGCCUUGUUUCAUAUUCACAACCCUUGGGUCUUCACUGCUGGUAUCUUAGGCAACAUUGUGUCCAUCAUGGUGUAUUUUGCUCCAGUGCCAACAUUUAUCCAAAUUUACAAGAGAAAAUCAACAAUGGAGUUUCAGUCUCUGCCUUAUACCGUAGCUUUGUUCAGUGCUAUGCUCUGGAUGUAUUACGCGUUUCUGAAGAAGAAUGCAGUCCUUCUCAUCUCCGUGAACUCUGUUGGAAUUGUGAUCGAAACAAUUUAUAUUUCCAUUUUCCUCUUCUACGCAUCUAAGCAAGCUAGGAAAGAGACUCUGAAGAUACUAGUUUUUCUGAACUUUGUAUUGUUUGCUGUCAUCUUUGCGGGCACGACGCUGUGGUUUGAAGGCCACCAUCGUGUCAUAGUCGUCGGAUGGAUCUGCGUUACGUUCUCCAUAAGUGUUUUUGCCGCGCCUCUCAACAUCGUGUUUCAGGUUGUUAGAACGCGGAGCGUUGAGUUCAUGCCUCUUUCGUUGUCAUUUUUCCUCACACUCAGUGCUACUGUCUGGUUCGCCUACGGCUUGCUGCUUCAGGAUCCCUGUGUUGCUCUUCCGAACGUGCUGGGAUUUAUAUUGGGAGUGCUUCAGAUGAUUUUGUACGCGAUAUAUAAAAACUCUAAUGGGAACAAGGAAGAGGCGAAGCUAACAGAUGAGAAAAAACAGGUGGCAGAAGUACACAUAAACAUCAUAGACAUUGUGAAAAAGGUUCCCGGAGCUGUUGAUCAGGUUUAUCCCCUGGAUUCUCAAACAAGUAGUUGCAGUAGCAGUAACGGUGUCAGCAGCGACGACGAUGAACACAAGGAUGCAGACGAGACUAAACCAACUCAAGAUAUAGCUCCGGUUUCUGGCGAAGAGAAGUAGUUUCCCAGGACUCGAAGGGGGACAAGAUUGUUGAAAGAGAAUGCGUUUUCUUCAAUUCCUUGCUCCGCUCUGACAUCGCCUGCAGCUAUCCACAACGGAAUCACUAGUCCUGAUGAUCUAGCCUUUUGCGCGCAACAAUAGCUGGACAUCGACGAGCAUCAUUGUCUGCAGGCUUCUCGUUUAUUUUCUAGUUUUGGCUCUUCUGUUAUCUCAUAUCUUCUUCGAUUCUGUUUAUGCAAGUGCAACGUUUGUUUAUAUAUUACAAGCUUUCGGUCCCCUCCGUUUAUGA